AUGGCCGGGCGCGGCGGGACGCGCGGUGCGCCCGCGCUGUCGGCGCGCACGCUCCUCUUCGACCUGCCGCCGGUGCUGCUGAGCCAGCUGUGCGGGGUCCUGGACAGUUGCGACGGCGAGCUGGGCUGGCGCGGCCUGGCGGAGCGACUUUCAGACAGCUGGCUAGAUGUUCGUCAUAUUGAAAAAUACGUAGACCAAGGUAAAAGUGGAUCAAGAGAGUUACUGUGGUCCUGGGCACAAAAAAACAAGACGAUCGGUGACCUUUUACAGAUUCUCCAAGAGAUGGGACAUCAUCGAGCUAUUCAUCUAAUCACAAAGCACGGAGCAGGCUUGACUACUUUAGAGGCCAGUUAUGAGGAGCUUGGAUUUCCAAGCAUAUCACCAAAGGGAGCAACCAGUGUUAUGGCAGAUAACGCUAUUCUUCCUGAAUGUAAUAAAAAAGGACUAUUACUAAAACCUUCCAUCAGCUUCCAGAAUAUCAUAGAUGGAACCAAAAAUUUCCAUGAAGACUUCCUAAUCGGUGAAGAGGAGCUUUUUGAGGUUUACAAAGUGAAGAUUCAAAGCCGUACAUAUGCCAUUAAAUUAUUUAAACAGGACAAGAAAAUACAAUAUGAGAAACAUUGGAAAAGAUUUUUAUCUGAACUUGAAGUUUUACUUCUGUUCCAUCAUCCCCACAUACUAGAACUGGCUGCAUAUUUUAUGGAGAUGGAGAAGUUCUGUCUGGUCUAUCCAUACAUGAGCAAUGGGACCCUUUUUGACCGACUACAGUGUGCAGGUAACACAGCCCCACUCUCUUGGGACAUCCGAAUCAGCAUAUUAAUUGGUGUAUCCAAAGCCAUUGGAUAUUUGCACAACAUUCAACCGUGCUCAGUCAUCUGUGGCAGUAUAUCCAGUGCAAACAUACUUUUGGAUGAUCAGUUUCAACCUAAACUGACUAAUUUUGCCAUGGCACACUUCCGACCCCACCUAGAACCUCAGAGUUCUACCAUUAAUAUGACCAGCAGCAGCAGGAAAGAUCUUUGGUACAUGCCAGAAGAGUAUAUCAGACAGGGGAAACUUUCCAUUAAAACAGAUGUCUUCAGCUUUGGAAUUGUAAUCAUGGAAGUUUUGACAGGUUGUAAAGUGGUGUUAGAUGAUCCCAAACAUAUUCAGCUGCGUGAUCUCCUUAUGGAAUUGAUGGAGAAGAGAGGUCUUGAUUCAUGUCUCUCACUUCUAGACAAGAAAAUUGAGCCCUGUCCUCGGAACUUCUCUGCCAGGCUUUUCUCUUUGGCAGGCCAGUGUGCUGCAACUCGGGCAAAGUUAAGACCUUCAAUGAAUGAAGUCCUGAAUGCUCUUGAAAACACUCAAGCCAGCUUAUAUUUUGCAGAAGACCCUCCAACAUCAUUGAAAUCCUUCAGGUGUCCUUCUCCUGUAUUUCUGGAUACCGUACCAAGCAUUCCAGUGGAAGAUGAUGAAAGCCAGAAUAGUUAUUCAGCACCUCAGGAUAAAGAUUUGAGAAAAGAUAGAACUCAAAACAUCCCUUUUGAAUGCAGUCAGUCUGAGGUCACAUUUCUGGGCUUGGAAAGAAAGACAGGGAGUGAGAGAAGAGAGAAUGCUUGCUAUCUGCCCCGUUCUUGUGAAGAAAGCAGGUCCCCAGAACACUCAGAUACAUCCCAGGCUGUGGGGAUCACUGAGAUCAGUCUGCACUCUUCUUCAGAAGCAUCAGGCCUGGCUUACAGGAGUAGGCCAAUGGAGAACAAGUGCUCCUCUGGAUUUCUUUUGGAAUGAAGAUGAACAGAACAAAAACAAAUGAAUUUCAUCUGAAGAAGAAAGAAGAAAGCAAGGGUGACUGGGGCAUGUGGAGGAGAGGGCAUCACUGGGGAAGGCAUGAUCUCCACAAGUAAUGCCCAGAGAAUGACAGAUAGCAGCCUUGAAUAAUGUAGAUAAUCUGGACAGUUGUAUUACUUGCUUCCCACACUCCAAAACAGAAUAGCUUAAACAAAUGUUUUAUUUUGGGGGGGGGUAAUUGUCUCAGGGUGAAACCCAAGCUACAUGUGGAAUUAUUCAAGAUCCUGAGUUCUGACAUCAGCUAAACAAAACAAGCAAAACCCACCACCAAAGAGGGCUUGUCAGCAUCUGCUCUGUCAUCUCCAAGUGAGUCCUCACUGUCUUUGUCUGCUAAAGACAUUCAACUGGGCUCCAUUGUUUGAUUAUCUGUUGCUUGUUUGCAAGGUGGUAGGAGCUGUGGAAUUUGUAUAAAGAUGAUAUGUUAAUAGAUACCUUUUUACGAUUAUUAGUCCUUAGUCUUUAUCUGUUCCUCCCCAUCCACUUUGCCUAAAUGGAAAGGAGCCAGGCCCAGCCUUGGCCAGGGCAUGUUCUCUGCAGAGAAAGAGUGCUUAUCCAGUCUGUAUUUCUAUAUUCCAACGCUUAGUUUAUUUAGCAUACAGUUUAGCUGUUGACUAUUAUUAUAAAUAUUUUGCUAACUCAGAGACCUAUCAAGUCCUGAGUGGAAUGUAUGAAAUUUUAAUCAAGUGAUUUUUGCUUGUUUUUGUUUGUGCUAGUC